AUGUCUCUGAACGACAAACUCGCCGCCGCGCUCGCAUCCCGCGACAGACGCGCCAUCCGCCGCCGUCUCCCCGACCCCGCCGCGGACGACGGCCUGGUCGACUUCUCGACCAACGACUACCUCGCCCUCUCCCGCUCCCCCGCCCUCCGCGCCCGCUUCCUCCGCCAGCUCGCCGCGGCCCCCGACGUGCUCGGCUCCGGCGGCUCGCGCCUGCUCGUGAACGGCCGCGCGCACGCCGCGCUCGAGGCCCGCCUCGCGGCCUUCUUCCGCGCGCCCGCCGCGCUACUCUUCAACUCCGGCUUCGACGCCAACGCCGGCCUCUUCGCGUGCGUGCCCCAGCCCGGCGACGCGCUCCUCUUCGACGAGCACAUCCACGCCUCCGUGCACGACGGCGUGCGCGCCUCCCGCGUCGACCCCGCCGCCCGCGUCGCCUUCGCCCACAACUCCGUCCCGGGCCUCCGCAAGGCGCUCGGGGAGCUCGUCGCGGCGCGGCCGGCGCUGCGCACGGGCGCGAGCGGCGUGUUCGUCGCGGUCGAGACGCUGUACAGCAUGGACGGGACGCUCGCGCCCCUCCCGGAGAUCGUCGACGCGAUCGACGAGCUGCUUCCCGCGGGGAACGGGCACCUCAUCGUCGACGAGGCGCACGCGACGGGCAUCUACGGACCGCAGGGCAGAGGCCUGGUCGCCGCGUACGGCCUCGAGGACCGAGUCUUCGCGCGGCUGCACACGUUCGGGAAGGCGCUCGCCGCGACGGGAGCGGUGCUCCUCGUCACGCCGCUCGUCCGCGACUACCUCCUCAACUACGCACGCCCGCUCAUCUACACGACGGCGCUCGGCCACGCCAACGUCGUCGCCGCCGAGUGCUCCUUCGACGCGCUCGAGGACGGCACGGCGCAGCAGCUUGCGACCCGCCUUCUCGAGCUCAGCCGCUACUUCCUCGCCGCCCUGCGCAGCGCGCUCGCGACGCACCGCGUGCCCCCCGCCCUCCUCUCCCUCCCGUUCCACCUCGCCCUCCCCUCCCUCGCCCUCCCCCCAUCGUCUUCCUCGUUCUCGUCGUCGCUCGCCCUCCCAUCGUCCGCCACGCCGAUCGUGCCCGUGCUGACGCCGCACCCGCGCGCGCUCGCGGCGCACCUCCGCGCGCGGGGCCUCAACGCGCGCGCGAUCACGUGGCCCACGGUGCCUAAAGGCGCGGACCGCGUCCGCGUGUGCCUGCGCGCGGACCACUCCCGCGCGGACGUCGAGCGGCUCGUGCGCGCGAUGGUCGAGUGGGCGCAGAGCUGGCCUGCGGUGGAGGUGGGGGCGGUGGUGCAGGCGAAGUUGUGA